GCACUCUAACUCGAGCUGUAUUGACUCUUUCUGAGCACUCCCAUAGAGCACAUUGGACAGAGUGAAUCACGAUGAGGACUUUUCCCCUGCUUCUGCUGGUUGCAUUAGCAGCCCUGGCAGAGUCUGGCCAUAGGAAGCACACAAGGCGUGCUAAGCGGGAGCUUUUGCUGCGCUCCAAAAGGAGGUGGGUUUUGUCUACGAUUGAACUAACAGAGGAAGAACCUGUCUAUGGGGGAAGAAAAGUUGUUUCACAGAUGUUUAAUGAUAAGAAAAAAGAAGAUGAUCAGCGCUCAAAGUUCCAUCUCAGUGGAAAGGGUGUUGAUGAAGGCUUUUUUAAAAUCGAUGGAAAAAACGGAGAGGUGUUUCUCUUAAAAAAAAUUGACAGAGAGGAAACCCCCCAUUUCGAGAUGAAGUUUGAAAUCUUGACGGACGGCGUUGCAAUAGACGAUCCCCUAACUAUAAUGGUAGAUGUAGAGGACAUCAAUGACAAUGCACCUAUUUUUAAGAAUCUUCCCCUGAUUUUCAAUGUAAAGGAGAACACAAAGGGGAUCUUGCCAGUCGUGCUGGACGUUUUUGACAAGGAUCAGGAGGACACGCCUAACUCUAAAGUCACCAUCCGUAUGCUUAAUCAGGAACCGGCAGAACCCAAGAUUGAGUUGAAACAGCUCAGUAACAGAAAGACCCAGCUCACACUUAAAGGAUGUUUUGACUACGAUAAAAUCAAGACAUAUAAAGUUACGGUUGAAGCAAAAGAUCAUGGGAAAAGAUUUUUAUCCUCCACUGCUGUUGUUACUCUCAAUGUUGUUGACACAAACACCCAUCCACCAAAGUUCAAGAAAAAAAAGUUCUAUGGUGAGGUGUUUGAAUCACAGCUCAAAAAGAACGUCUUGAGAGUCGAAGUAGAAGACAAAGACACUCGGAACACUCCUGGAUGGCGAGCCAAAUAUUUCCUCGUUGACAAAAAAGAGGAAGAAUUUUUCCAAAUUGAAACUGACCCCAAAACAAAUGAAGGUAUUCUGCACUUCAUUAAGGAAAAGCAUUAUGAGAGGACAAUUAAUAUAACCUUGGAGAUCGGAGUAGAGAACGAAGAACCCCUUUUUGUUUGUGCAGAGAAAUUAACCGGCACAGUCACACUUCCACCUAUAGAUAAAAUCAACGUCACAAUAAAAAUGUUUGAAGUCAAUGACGCACCGCAGUUUGAGAAAGAGCAAGUUGAUGUGUACCUAAAGGAAGAGGAGGAGCCGGGGAAGUGUUGGCUCCCUCCAAAGAUUACUGAUGCUGACUCUGACCCAGAGAACAUCAGGUUUAAGCUAACAGAAGAUCCAGCGGGUUGGCUGACCAUUGAUCCGAUUACAGGAAAAGUCACAUCGGUGAAGAAAAUGGACAGAGAAUCACCCUUUGUUGAGAAGGGCAUUUACAAAGCAGUCAUCUGCGCCAUUGAUGACGGUGAACCUCCAGCCAACAGUACAUGCCCGCUCCUGUUCCACCUGGGGGAUGUCAAUGACAACAAGCCAAAGCUGGCAAGCAAAAGUGUCAUUAUGUGUGGAAACAAGGGCAACAAGGCCAUGGUGCCUGUCAUAGACCCAGAUGAUCCUCCAUACAGUGGGCCCUUUGCCUUUUCUCUGGGCGGUGAUGAUGAAAAUCUGAAGACGCAAUGGAAACUAGACCCUGAUGUCGGUACGGAAGGCGGCCUUAUUAGCCUGACGCCACUUGCUUAUGGCAACUACUCCGUGCCACUGGCGAUUGAGGACCAACAGGGAAUGGGCGCACAAGAUACAGUCAAUGUGAUAGUGUGCGACUGUGGAGAAGCAGACGUUUGCCCAGCCAGAGGGCCGCUAUCAACCAGCCUCGGGGCUGCUGGUGUUGGAUCGAUUAUUCUGGGAUUGCUCAUAUUUUUAUUGCUGCUACUCGUCUUUAUAUGUCAGUGUGGACAAGGGGCGAUGAAACACAUCACCCUCCCGUACGAUGAGGGCAACCAGACCCUUAUGAAGUACAACGAAGAAGGAGGCUGCGCUGAAAGCACAGCUAUGCCCACUAUGCCCUGGAUAUCUUCAAAUGGUGUAACUGUGACUGACAGCCGGAAAGCGUCAAACGGGCAGAUAAACAGAGCGGAUCAGGUCAUGAUCCACAAUGUGGGUAAAUACAACACUGCAGGGUCCAUCAUGAGUCAUUCUAACAUGAGCGCAAUGGAAAUGCAUCAGUGGCAAACUCGCAGAUUUCUUGGAGGGCAGAGCAUGAACUUAUCAAGGAAUACAAGCAGGAAUAACAGCUACCGGGUACCCAUGAAGGGAGGCUCCAGCAGGUACAUGCAGUCGUUCAGCAUGCGGUCAGAUAUACUCCUUCCUGAUCUCAUCGAAAGGAAACUUCGCUUGGUUGAUGGAGACAUUAUCGACCACCCGAUGCAUCAGCCCUUUGAAUAUGACUACGAGGGUCAGGACAGCAAAUGCCAGUCACUGGAUAAGCUGUCCCUCAGCAACCUGGGAGAUGAUACAGAGUUUCUGAAUGAUUUAGGGCCAAAGUUCAUGACCUUGGGCAACAUCUGUCACCAAACAGCUCCAGACAACACCACACAGAUUUGAGGGUCACAGCUGGAAUAUGAGUUUUACAUCAAGUAAGGCACUCGUCUUUACCCUGCACGCCAGCAUGGCAGUGUGUGUGUGUGUGUGUGUGUGUGUGUGUGUGUGUGUACAGACCGCCAACAACGCAGGGGCGGAUUUUUUAUCAAACUUAGAAAUAUACUACUUGGGAGAGUAUCUCCAGGUGAUUCGUUUUAGGAGCAGAUCAGUCAAAGGUCACGGUCAAGGUCGACAAAAAUAUGCCGCAUAAGACCACGCUUGCUAACCUAACUCUGUGAAUAAUAGUACAAAAUAUUAUGUUGAUCAGAAAACGAUUCCCCAUCAUAUGAUAUCAGGUUAUAGGUGUCAUGAAGAAGUCAGAAAAUUACAUCAUGCGUAGUUCAUUGUAGUUGUACUUAAUUAUUUCGAGCUAUCCCUGCAUCCUUUAGGACUAGACAUGACCGGAGGCUUGUAUCGAUAGAAAAUGAAUUUAUAAUCAUAUGGUAGGAAUGACGUCAUAAUAAAGACACUAUGAAGCCAGAAAAUAACGUGAUAUUGUGUAGUAACACAUUAAUUUUUGCAAAACAAUAACAUAAGAAUCAGGAAUCAAACGAAUAUAUAUCCUAGUUUAAAUCAACCAAUCAUUCCUCAUCAUAUUGUAUCAAUGACGUAGAAAAGUAAGCAGUUUAAUGUGGUGUAUACGGUGCAUGUUCAGGGUAAGCAUCGCCCUUUUCAGGGUUUUCCAUGCCUUGUUUGGGACUAUGAUUAAGAUCCGGUUGGAUAUUAAUAUAUUUAUAUACUGCAAAGUUUCGAUUUUGUACUUUUACAUUACGCACUUAAACAUCUUACCUGCAGUUUGGGCACCUCCAAGCAAAUUACACGUUUGGUUGAUUUAUGAAAUGAAAAGAAAUAAAUACACGAUAAGAAAAUACACGUUAGAAUAAGCCUCUCCUUUAACAGUAUUGCACUGUUUCUGCAGUCCUAAAAUACGUGUUCCUCGUACUGUACCACCUUGGUUUUGUGCCCAAACUUUUGCAAAUGCCACACUUAGUUUCAAUUCUAAUUAUCUUAAAGCUUAUUUUUUCUGUCUUUGUGGUUUAAAAUGUGUCAUUUGCACCGGGGCCCUUUAACCUUUGCACUCAACUGUAUUUUUACAGAUUUAUCGUGAAAUGAUAUGAAACAAGGAUUAUGUGGCACAGGCUUUACUUUGUUUGGUUGAAGAUUAAUUGAAUGCACAUAAAUAAUUGUCAUGCUCUCGUGAUUUUGAAUCUGUCUAUUUUGACAGUUACUGGGUGUGUUGGCUUUUAUUUUUUGGGGUACUUUGCUGCAAUCCACGACUAGUGGCAGAAACUUGGACUAUGGGCAGAAAAGGUCUCUGGUUCAAAAAGACGAACCUGGAUUGAUCUGUCCAAAAAUCCAAGAGGAUUCUCCCUACCCUGUCUAGUGCCCCUGAGUAAGGCACCUUACUCCCCCAACAUCUGCUCCCCGUGCGCCGUACAUGGCUGCUCACUGCUCUGUGUGUCCUGCACCAGAUGGGUUAAAAGCAGAGGUUAAAUUUCCCUACCUGCAUGAGUGUGCCUGUGCAUGUCUGUGCAUGUGUUUGGGACACAUAAAAAAAAGAGAGAGUGUUGCAACGUAUCUGUGAAAACCUGUGUUUCUAUCUCUGAAGGUUUUGUCCGUAUUAUUUUUCUAUUUUUUUUAAACAAUAAUAAGAACCUAAUAUAAUGUUAACUGUGGAUACUGGGAAUAGUUAUGGUGCAUGCAAUGUUUUAUUUCUGGAAUGAUUUAUUUCCAAGAGCACCAUUUUAUAAGAGUUUCUUGUUUGUGACGGACCAGCAGAGAUUUGACUGGUUGAAAACAUUGCUGGUCCACAGUGGUACUAUGACCACAACUGUUGUUGUGGUGUCAAAUUAACACUGUAAAUAUCAUGUGAAAAAAAAAAGUCAUUAAUUGUCUUAGUUUCUUUCGUGCAUUAUUUUUAAUGAAAUGUAAUAUUUGUAAAUAAAUCUGCCAUUACUAAAAUAAAUGGUGGUAACAAUCUC